AUGGGGAUGUCAGGGGGGGUGCCCAAGACCUACCCCACCCUGGGCCACGUCCCAAAGGUUCAGCUGUACCUCAACCAGACACUCUUCCUAUGCCCUGCACAGCCUGUGCCCAGCCCCCCACCACCCACUCGCCCCUUGCCCCUGCCUGUCUCCAGGGACCUUGUGGCAGAGAACUGGGCAGAGAAGGAGCCCAAGCAGCCUACAAAGGACAUGGCUCUGAAGCCACAUGAGCGGAAGGAGAAGUGGGAACGUCGCCUCACCAAGAAGCCCCGGGAGUCAGAAAACUGCCCAUCUGCAGAGCCGAGUGAGAAUGGGCGGCCCCUGGAGGCAGGCAGCCCUGGGCAGGACGUAGAGCCUGCCUGUGCUGGGGGGGCCAAGAAGGUCCCGCUGCAGCCCUCCAAGCAGAUGAAGAUCACCCUGUCCAAAGGGGGUGACCGGAACAGUGACGACGACAGCGUCCUCGAGGCCACCAGCUCCCGGAGGAGCAGUCCUCGGGACCAGCUCAGUGACAGCUCGGCGCAGGCGGUCUCAGGGAGAGGCUACUCCUGUGACAGCGAGAGCGGCGUGGACGACAAGGCAUCAGUGGGCUCUGAGAAGCUUUUUGCUCCGGCAGCUGAUAAAGGUCCUGCGCGUGGCGACAGGUCCGAGGCCAAGGCCGGGGCGGUGCCCAAGGUGUCGGGCCUGGAACGCAGCCGAGAGCUCAGCGCCGAGGCCCUCCUGCCAGCCGCACCCAGCCCCCCACCUGCCGCUCCCGGCACCCGCGCCAGCCCCCUGGUGAAGAAGGAAGCCCCCACUGCGCCCCGCCACGCCCCGCAGCCGCCCGCGCCCCUGCAGUCCCACGGCCCGCUCCCGACACACGUGCCUCCGUCCCUGGGCGCCUUCGCGGGCCCGGGUCCCGGCCAGGCGGCACCCAACGGCCUGCACGUUUUCAGCAGGAGCAGUAGCGCGGGCAGCGGCGCCCCCCUCGGCCUGGCGAAGCACGUAUCGCUGUCCCCGCUUGGGCCGGGCCCCCACCUGUCUACCUCACACCUGGCGCUCCGGUCCCAGGCGCAGCACCAGCACCACACGGCGGCCAUGUUCGCUGCCCCCCCGACACUGCCCCCGCCUCCAGCGCUGCCCGCCAGCAGCCUGGUCAUCCCAGGACACCCCGCAGAUGCCAGCCUGUUGAUCUCAUUCAACCAGCCAAUCAUGUAUUGCCAGCCUCAUUCGGGGAUUCUGAUUGAUCACGAGCUGCUCAGGCAAGAGCUGAACACGCGGUUUCUGGUGCAGAGCGCCGAGCGGCCUGGCGCCUCCCUGGGCCCGGGGGCUCUGCUGCGGGCGGAGUUCCACCAGCACCAGCACACACACCAACACACACACCAGCACACACACCAGCACCAACACACAUUCGCCCCCUUCCCCGCGGGGCUGCCCCCGACGCCGCUCAUGCCACCCUCUGCACCCACACUGUUUGACAAGUACGCUCCCAAGCUGGACAGCUCCUACUUCCGACAUUCCAACAAUUCAAACCCCAUCGAGGUCACAGGCCGGGCCAGUGCAGUUCACACACUCCUGCAGAAAGUCCCUGGGGUGUCUGAUCCAUACCGCUCAGCAGUCAGGAAGCCAGGGAAGUGGUGUGCAGUGCACGUGCAGAUCGCCUGGCAGAUCUACCACCAUCAGCAGAAGAUGAAGAUGCAGCUGGACCCCCACAAGCUGGAGGUGGGCGCAAAGCUGGACCUGUUCAGCAGACCCCCCGCCCCAGGUGUGUUUGCAGGAUUCCACUACCCACAGGAUCUCGCCCGGCCCCUCUUCUCCAGCACAGGUGCUGCCCAUCCCACCACCAACCCAUUCGGACCCUCACCCCAUCAUGGCAGCUUCCUGCCCACUGGUCACCUGACAGACCCUUUCAGCAGAUCAAGCACCUUCGGGGGCCUGGGGAGCCUGGGCAGCCACGCCUUCGGAGGCCUGGGCAGCCACGCGCUGACUCCCAGCGGCAGCAUCUUUGCCCCCAAGGAGGGCUCCACGAUGCACAGCCUGCCCAGCCCCCACGAGGCCUGGAACCGGCUACACCGGGCACCACCCUCCUUCCCCACGCCGCCCCCAUGGCCCAAGCCUGUGGAUGCCGAGCGGGUCUCAGCCCUGACCAACCAUGACCGGGAGCCAGACAAGGGCAGGGAGGAACGGGAGCGGGACCUCCUGGAGAAGACGCGCCUGCUGAGCCGGGCCUCGCCGGCCGCCCCCACCAGCCACCCCAUCAGCAGCCUCCUGCUCCACAGCCAGGGUGAGCUGGGCCGGCCCGGGGUCCCUGCAGAGCAGGCUGAGCCCCGGGUCAAGGAGAGCCGCUCACCUGCCAAGGAGGACAGCGCCAAGCUGGCCGUGCGCCCGCCGUCGCCCUACAGCACGGCAGCCCAGGGCGACGUGAAAGUCAAGGAGGAGUGCAGAGAGGACGAAGUGCCCGAGCCCCCGGGGGGCGCCACUGAGCGCCCGCGCGCGCUGCCCGCGCCCCUGCAGCUGGGCCUGGGCCGCGAUCGCCUGGGGCCUCCCACGCCCCCGGGGCCGCCGCCUCCCACGCGCAGCAGGACUACGCCGCUCGCCCCCAGCGAGGCGCGGGAAUACUCCCCGUCCCGCAACCCCCAGGAGGUAGAGGCGCGGUAGUCCCCGCGGGACCGCUCCGCCGGAGGAGGCUUGAACUGUGUACAGAGACCGUUUUACAAAUGCACUGCUGUAAACUUUUUUAAGUGUAAAUUUCUAGACCCUAAGCACAGUUCCAUCACAUCCUGGGUGACCCUCGCUUUUCCACUGGAAGCCUGCGGAGUCGGGGAAUCAAUAUACAGCUUUUCUGGGAGUGAUCUUUCCUUUUCCAGGCUUGAGAUUAGGCUACUGGCAAAAAACAAAUUCAAGUUUAUACUAUUUUCCCCACAGGUGAGAAACGUUUUUAGUGGAUUUGUAUUUUUCUUAACUCUGUGCUCUUUAGACAUUUAAAAGACCAAAAAAGAAACUUUUUGCUCCUUGACUUUUUGUUGGGCUUUGCAAUUUAAUGGCCUCAGAUCCCUCUCCAAAGCCCCAGGGUUUCUUUGUCUUAUUUAUAGAGGAAAAACGGUCAUUUUGUCCAACGCACUGUGAGGCUCCCCACUCAGGCCUGGCCUGGCCCUCCCUUGGUACUUGGAACCGAAGUUACAGGUAUAUAUUAAAAUAAUUAAUAAUAAUGUAUAAAACAUUGUGUUUUUGCCUUAUUCUAUUAUGCAGAAGUGUAAAAGGAUUUCUUUUUUGGUUUGUUUUAAAAAAAAAAAAAAGUGUAAAUAGUCUGUUGAUAUAAAUAUAUGACAUUAAAUUCUUAGGUAGACUUUAUAAAAAGUUUCCAGAAACCCCUCUGGUUAUUUGUUUAACAUGGUCACAAAAUCCCACCCGCUGUCAGUUGCAAACACCCUCAGAAGUUGAACUGCAGCAGCUACCCUUCCACUAUGCAAGCGCUCCGGGGCAGGUGGACGCUCAGCUGUCUGGGGGAAGAAGGUUCCAUGAGCGAUUUCCCAGCCCCUGCAACCCUGCGGCAGAGGCUGCCCACGGAGGGUGGUUGUCCUCCCAGCAGUGGCCCUGUCCUCCCAGGACUGGCCGGCUCCUGCCGCAAGGACAAUUCUGUGGAUCCUUGUGCUAAUCGUGCAGUGUUCUUCUUGGGAUCUGUAUACCAGACAAGUAGAAUUUUAGAAGUGCAAGAGUCUAAAGGUCGAUUACAAAAAAAACUAAUAACUUCUGUACAUUUCCUCUCCUGUGUGAAGCCAUCAGCAAACGUUUGUCUUGGUGUGGUCCCUUCGCCUCCCAGUACCUCAGCAUGGUUUCCUUUUGGCUUUGGUUCUGGCUCAUCACCGCGUGCUGCUGUCAGUUUGUCCUGGUGUUUGGGUUGUGUCUCUGCCGGGCUUCUGUGCCUUGUGGAUUCAGCCAUUGCAGCCAUUUGCUUUGUUCAGUUCUGUAUUUUCAACCGUUUUCCACUGUGGACUCCAGUUGUUUUCAACAUUCUGUUCUCAUGUCAAUCAAUGAAGAUAAAUACAGCCUUGAUUUUGGAUGAAA